UCAUUAAAGAGUACAGGUUAUGCCUACUUUAAAUUCCUCAAUUGAUGUCUUUCUUUUAUAUCAGCCCUAUUUUCUUUGCAAGCGCAGCCCGUCCCUAACCUACUGUUUUAAUUUGAAGGCCGUACCUCCUAUCUUCCGGUCUUAUCCUUGCGAACUUUGACAGCUGGCUGCAGCUGGACGCAGCUGUUUGCGCUCACCCAUCCAUCCAGGCAAGACGCGCACCCGCAGCCCGGUCACAGCCGCUGCCCACGGGCUCGAAGCCACCAGUUAGAAGAGCCGGGCCGAGGGAUGCGGACUUAAUUAACUUUCUCUUUUCUUUUUGUCGCCCUGAAAGCCCCUCUGUCCUCUGCCACAAUUCCACUCCAGAGCGGCUCCACGGAUUUUCUGUCGUCCUUUGGUCCCCGAACCGCGCGGAGGAAGUGGUCGGUGGUCCUUCUGGUGACCGCCGUCGCGAUGGUUUUGCUGGCUCUGGCCGUUGCUGUCCCGUUACUGCUCCUCCGCACCUCUGAGACCUCCGCUCAUUACUACGAGAUGAUGGGCACCUGUCGGAUGGUGUGCGACCCGUACACCCCCAAACCGGGAGGCGCCACCGCCAUGGAGGUGAUCCAGAACGUUAACGGUGUCGCUCCGCAGCCGCCGAUGGCGCAAGGGAGCCGCGGGGAGCCGGGGCGACCGGGUAAACCGGGACCUAGAGGCCCGCCGGGAGAACCAGGACCCCCGGGUCCGAGGGGGCCAGCGGGAGAGCGCGGCGACGGUAAACUCGCCUUCCCCGCGUUAACCGGAGCUGCGGGGACUGAGAACGGCGAAACAGACGGGGUGAACUCCACGGCCAACAGCUUCAGGAUCGCGUUUUACGUCGGUCUGAAGAAUCCACAUGAGGGAUACGAGGUGUUAAAGUUUGACGACGUGAUAACAAACUUGGGGAACCACUACGACGCGAGCACCGGGAAGUUCACCUGCCAUGUGUCCGGGAUCUAUUUCUUCACCUACCAUGUGUUGAUGCGGGGAGGAGACGGGACCAGCAUGUGGGCCGACCUGUGCAAAAACGGACAGGUACGGGCCAGUGCCAUAGCACAGGAUGCAGACCAGAACUACGACUACGCCAGCAACAGCGCCGUGCUGCACUUGGACUCUGGAGACGAGAUCUACGUCAAACUGGAUGGCGGCAAAGCUCACGGAGGCAACAACAACAAGUACAGCACCUUCUCCGGCUUCAUCUUAUACCCCGACUAAACACACCACAGCAGGUCCAUGGACAGUAAGCAUCACUGAAAACUGUUAAAAGUAUACUGUCAAAUAUGUUUCUCCUCUUUUGAAGAUAGGUGCCACAAUACAGGCUUAUCUGCCACUGUAUGUUCUGUUUAUUUAGUAAAAGACCUUUUUGUAUAUGUAUUUGAUUGAACUUAAGUUCAACUGCUCUAGUGUCAUCAGAGUAUAUAUAUAUCUUAGUACUUAGUAUUAGAAAGAUGAUGUUCCAGGAAGGCCUACUGAGAGCAUGCCCGAGAUCGCAGACAUAACUCCCCAUAAAUGCUUUGAGCUGAGCGAGCAUAAAGUUCCUUUGAAAGAAGGUGAACACAUUUCUAAAAUGCUUUUGGUGAAAUGAGUCAGUACAGGCUGCUUACUGAGGGAAGCACUGUGUGUAGCCUCUUAAUGGUGUAAAGGCUCAAAUGACGAAGGAAAUCCAUUGAAAUCGAGGAAUAAAAUGAAUGUCAGAUAGCCGUUUUGAGCAGUGUGUGGGCUUAAGGCCCGGUCACACCAGCAUUUAAAAUGACAAAAUUUCAUGGCAAAAUCUAUUCAUUUCAGUGGACUCCGUCAGUAGAUUCUUUCAUUGGGAAAAUACACGCACGUGUCGAGUUCGACUUUAGUCAACUUUGACACGCAAAUUUGGGCCAUUGACAGAGCUGAAGAGUCCAAAAUGGAGGAAGCUAUAGUAGCUUAUUAGCUGUGUUGCGCCGCCCAGUUUUAUUUAACCUCCACUGCUGGAGUAUAAACUGCUCCACGAAAGAGACAUGGUUUGCAGACAGUUAUGGGACAGGAGUCAAUUGUACGGAGGAGUCUUUUUAAUAAACUAUGAACUUAUUGUCCCGUUAGCGACUAAGCUAACAAGCAUGUAACUGACCGUUAGAAAGCUUGCUAGCUUGAAGAGCUUUUCUCCCUCUUCAAUAAAACUCUUCACUGAAUGAUGAACAAUCCCAAGAACAAAAUGCCAGGGAGGAGUAAACAGACUGAGUAGCGCUAGCAUGUUGUUGGCUGGCUAGCAUAUGGUUAGCUUGCCAGCUACUGUAGUUCACCGAAUCGGAGUCAUUAUGUCAUCAAGCUUCUACGACCAAAUAUUUUGCAAAGACGCGUAGAUGUGCCACUUCCAGGCCUUUACUGUGGUACCUUAAAUACUGACUCAUGAUGUUAAUUGUUUGUUUUAAAAGCCCAUUCUCCUUUUUUUUUCUUCUUCUUUCAGUUGAAAUGGACUGAUGAGGUCAGUGGAAAGUGCCAAAGCUCACAUUCUAAAUAAAUUAGAUAAGAUGCAAAAAAAAAAAAAAUCGAAUCUAGUAGCUACAGGCCAUGUUGAUUGCAAUAGCAAGCCAAGUGUAGUGUUCAGUGUUUCACAAAAUUAACCACACAUGAGAGAUACAAAUGGAUGUCUUGCAUUGAUAUUGAUAUCAGUUCGAUUUUGUUCUCAUAUAUGCCAAUAAAUAUUGUUUGACAAAAA